CCAGAUCCACUGUGCUCCCAGCCGGUGACCGGCUAGCAUCUUGGGCCAUUUCCUCUUCGUGCCCUGUCCGCGUCCCCUCGUCCGAUCGAUCGAGAUCCCCAAGGGUCUCUAAACCCUAGCUCGCGAAGGACCGAUGAGGCUCCUCACCGGGCUUUACGUCUCCUUGCUGGUGUUCUGUGCGUCGUGGGAUGCUAUCUACGGCGCCUCCGACUCGAAGCAGGAUGAAGAAGCGAAGGAGACGAACAAGUUCCGGGAACGCGAAGCCAGCGAUGAUAUGCUCGGAUAUCCCACCUUAGACGAAGAUUCUCUGUUGAACACCAAAUGUCCAAAGCACGUUGAAUUGAGAUGGCAGACUGAAGUUAGCUCCAGCAUAUAUGCGACCCCCUUGAUUGCUGAUAUUAACAGCGAUGGCAAGCUUGAGGUGGUGGUGCCAUCGUUUGUUCAUUAUUUGGAAGUGCUGGAAGGUUCUGAUGGAGAUAAACUACCAGGCUGGCCUGUCUUCCACCAAUCAACAGUUCAUUCAAGUCCUCUCUUAUAUGAUAUUGAUCAGGAUGGUACGAGAGAAAUAGCUCUGGCUACUUACAAUGGUGUUAUUAAUUUUUUCAGGGCCUCAGGCUAUAUGAUGAUGGACAAACUAGAGGUACCUCGUAGAAAAGUUCGUAAGAACUGGUAUGUUGGCUUGCAUCCAGACCCCGUGGACCGUUCUCAUCCAGAUGUUCAUGAUGAUUGGUUAGUUCAAGAGGCUACUGUUAUGAAUGCAAUGUCUCAUAUGAAUGGAAGCACAUCUGGGUUAAAUAAUUCCGUUAAAUCAAAGGUUGGUGACGCUGGCUCAUUGAAGAAUGGAUCCAAGCCAGACGAUCAAGGAAAACAUGAUCCUGCUCAAGCAGGUCAAGAUAAUGUGCUGGUGAACAAUCUGGAUAAUACCACCAUGCAUAGUGUAUCACCAGGAAGUACCUUGGCAGAGAAUGCAACACAUUCUCAACGGAGACUUCUUCAAGACACUGAUUCAAAAGGGGCUCAAGAGGGAACUUCUGUAUCUCAUGCUAGUGAUAACAGUUCACAUGCAACAACUGUGGAAAACAAUGAGGUUCUGGAAGAAGAUGCUGAUUCAUCUUUUGAUUUUUUCCAGAAUUCAGAAGAUCUAGCUGAUGAGUAUAGUUAUGAUUAUGAUGAUUAUGUUGAUGAAUCCAUGUGGGGAGAUGAGGAAUGGACAGAAGUGAAACAUGAGAAAAUGGAAGAUUAUGUGAACAUAGAUUCUCACAUCCUAAGCACUCCAGUAAUUGCAGAUAUUGACAAUGAUGGCAUACAAGAGAUGAUUGUUGCAGUGUCCUACUUCUUUGAUCGUGAGUACUAUGAUAACCCAGAGCAUUUAGCAGAUUUGGGUGGCAUUGAUAUCGAAAAAUAUGUAGCAAGUGGCAUUGUUGUUUUCAAUCUUGAUACAAAACAAGUCAAAUGGACUGCUGAUCUUGAUCUGAGCAUUGAUACUGGAAGCUUCCGUGCAUAUAUAUAUUCUUCUCCUACAGUUGCUGAUUUGGAUGGUGAUGGAUGUAUGGACAUACUUGUUGGCACUUCAUAUGGCUUGUUUUAUGUUUUAGAUCAUCAUGGUAAGGUGAGAGAGAAAUUUCCACUUGAGAUGGCUGAGAUUCAGGGACCAGUGGUGGCAGCAGAUAUAAAUGAUGAUGGUGAGAUUGAAAUAGUGACAGCUGAUACCCAUGGAAAUGUUGCUGCAUGGAAUGCCCAAGGAGAUGAAAUUUGGGAAGUACAUCUUAAGAGUCUCAUACCACAGGGUCCCACCAUAGGUGAUGUUGAUGGGGAUGGUUAUACCGACGUUGUAGUCGCAACAAUCUCAGGAAAUAUAUACGUUCUCAGCGGAAGAGAUGGUUCACAAGUUCAUCCCUUCCCAUAUCGAACUCAUGGGAGGGUGAUGAGUCAGGUUCUUUUAGUUGAUUUAAGCACACGCGAUGCAAAGUCAAAGGGGCUGACUCUUGUUACAACUUCAUUUGAUGGUUAUUUGUACUUGAUUGAUGGUGCCACAUCAUGUGCAGAUGUCGUUGACAUUGGCGAGACUUCAUAUAGCAUGGUCUUGGCUGAUAAUAUUGAUGGUGGAGAUGACCUUGAUCUAAUUGUUAGUACCAUGAAUGGCAACGUUUUCUGCUUUUCCACCCUCUCACCUCACCAUCCUCUCAAGGAAUGGAGAUCACCAAACCAGGGUAGGAAUAAUGCUGCAUACCGAUAUAAUCGUGAAGGAAUUUAUGUCUCAGACGCAUCCCGAUCUUUUCACGAUGAAGAAGGCAAACAUUUCUGGGUGGAAAUGGAGAUUGUAGACAAAUACAGAGAAGAACCCUCGGGGUCUCAAGGACCUUAUAAUGUUACUACAACUUUAUUGGUUCCUGGGAAUUAUCAAGGAGAGAGGCGCAUAGCGGUCAAGCAGGUCUACAAUCAACGGGGGAAGCAGCGGGUGAAGCUGCCAACGGUACCUGUUCGAACAACAGGUACUGUGCUGGUGGAGAUGGUCGACAAGAAUGGACUAUAUUUCUCUGAUGAAUUUUCGCUGACAUUCCACAUGCAUUUCUAUAAGCUGCUGAAGUGGCUUGUGGUGCUGCCCAUGAUGGGGAUGUUUGGUGUCCUCGUUAUUCUUCGCCCACAGGACGGUGCACCUUUGCCAUCCUUCUCACGGAAUACAGAUUAGUGACUUUUUUGUGGUGUUGUUAAUGCUGGGAGCGAACAAUUGGAGGAAGGUUUUUGAUUUUCGAAUUAUACAAUGCUUAACGUGUUAUCGAAAGUUUUACAGUAAGCGUAAACUUUUCUUAUUCUUG